AUGCGUUUCGCUGCUGCUGCCCUCUUCGCCGGAGCCGCCAUGGCCGGAAGCACCCUCUACGAGACCGACGUCGUCACCAUCACCUCGUGCGGCCCCGAGGUCACCAACUGCCCGGCCCGCAGCCACACCAGCACCGCCGCUGUGUCGGCCACUGAGACCCCCGAGGUUCCCAGCUACCCUACCUCCGUCGAGGUUCCCAGCUAUGCCACCUCGUCCGCCGAGGCUACCUACCCUACCUCCGUCGCCACCUCCGUCGCCACCUCUGCCGCCUCCGGAUACCCUUCCGUGGUCCCCAGCGUCCCGGCUGGCUACCCCGUUGGCUCCUCCAGCGCCUCGGCACCGGCGGCCUCUUCCCCGGUCACGUCCGCCACUGGCAACACCAUGGUGUCUGCCCCCUACCCGACCACGCUGAGCACCGUUGUCCCUGUUGAGUCGACCAGCACCGCUGAGGCCGCUACCACCCCCGCUGCCACCUACCCGGCCGGCACUGGUGCCCCUGCCCCCACCGGUAGCUACCCUACCACCUCCGGCUCCCCCAGCUCCCCCAGCAUGAGCCCCAUCCCCACGGCCGGUGCCUCCACCAUGGGUGCCUCUGCCCUGAUGGCCGCCGCCGCCGGUGUUGCCGCUGUUCUCUUCGCUUAA